ACUCAUUAUAAAAGUAUUUCAAGUUGUAUUUGCAAUAAAUAAUUCCUGUUUCUCUAAAUGACAUUGACUGCAAUCAAAAUGUCGAACAUUAAUAGUUGAAUUAACUUAAGAAAUAGUUAUACGCAGCAGUGUAUACUUUUAAAAUAAAGGAAAAUGUUUGAAGUACGCAAAAAUAAAAUACUCCGAAGACAAUUAAAUAAUUUGAGGAUUAAAAGUAAACCUAUUCAAAAAUCAACAAGUAUCGCCGAUUAUUUACGCGAAUUUUCAUUAAUCACCACUUUACACGGCAUAGUUUAUUUAGGAGAAUCUAAAAGACCAUUCUUUGAGAGAAUUCUUUGGUUGAGUAUCAUGUCUUUGGUAUUGUAUUUCUGUGGAGCAGAAAUAAUCGUAUUAUUUAAUAAUUGGAAAAGCAACACUAUGGUUUUGACGUUAGAUCUCAAUUAUAAUGUAUGGAACAUUCCGUUUCCAGCUAUUACAUUUUGUAGUGAUGUUCAGCUUCAACAUUUUGAUUACAAUCUUUUUAUGGAUGAAGUUUCUAAGAGUGAGUUUAAAGAUUCAAUAAACACGGUAUGUAACGACUAUUAUAGUGUCAAUAAAAAUGUAUCAUUAAAAUCUAUUAAACCACAAAUUUGGAAAAAAAUUAUACAAAAAUUUGCUGUGACAUGUGGUCAGCGAAUAAUUACUAUGUACUGGCUAGACGAUGAAAUACAAUCCAGCUGUCAAUAUUUUCAACCAAUUUUUACACAAUAUGGUCUUUGUUACUCGCUUAAUAUGAUGCCAUUUCAGUUGCUAUUUCAUUCUAAAUAUUAUGAAACAUUAUCGUUUCCAAACCACACUUUAGCUGACAUUAUUACAAAGAAAAAAGAAACUUCCUGGUCACCUGAUAAAGGCUUCAGUAAAAAUGCAAUACCGUUCGAUACUCCUUGGAGAGUUACAGGGGAUACUAACAACGAUGCAGUAAGAUUGGUUUUCAAUUUGAGAAAUAUUGAAGGUGACAAUUAUUGUCCUCAUACUAUGUCUGGUGUUGUGUUAAUUUUACACAAUCCUUCCGAUACACCGUCAGGAUAUCAUCCAUCUGCGUAUUUAGCUAGUAAUCAUGGACUAUCAAUAUCACUUUCUGUCCUCCACAGACCUACAUCGCAGUCACUUGCUAAAUGGUCUCCUGAAAUGCGGCAUUGUUUUUAUGAGAACGAGAAAAGACUGAAGUUUUUUAAAUUGUAUACCUUUCGUAAUUGUAUAUCUGAAUGUCAAGCUAAUUUAACAUUCCGAAAAUGUGGAUGUGCUGCAUUUUACCAGCCAAGAGAUUCUGAAGUCCCUAUAUGUGGCAGUCAGAAUUAUCGAUGCUAUAAAUCAUCUUUCAAUAGUGAAGAUUUAAGAGUACUAAAUUCCAGUGAUAAAGAUUGUGGAUGUUUACCGGAUUGUUCUGGGUAUAAUUAUGAUUAUGAUGUAGUGAAAUUAUAUAGAAAUUGGAGUACAAGUUUUUCAAAUGGUGAACAUUUUCCAAAUGUAGGUAUUGCUAAUUUAUACUAUAAAUACAAUUUGAUUCCAGUUGCUCGAAGAAAUGCUUUACUACCAUUUAAUGAGUUGCUCGGUAAUAUUGGAGGACUACUCGGAUUAUUUUUAGGAUGCAGUUUAAUAAGUUUUUUUGAAAUUAUAUAUUUUUUUUUAAUAAGAUUAUACUUUGAUAAACGCAAACUUAAAAAGGACAUUGAAAGUAUAAAUGUUUCACAUGUUUCAUUAAAAUAGCACAGUGUGUUUUUAAAGUAUAUACGUAGUAAGAUUUAAAGAGAUAUGUUAUUAGAUUUAGUAAAAUUAGUUCCAUACAUAGCAAGUAUAAACAUUUAUUAUAGAAUAUCUCGAUUAAUUA